AUGAUGUGUUGUUAAGUUGUAAUGUCUCUCUCUCAGCUUGUGUAAGGGAAGGACCCUGUAUUCAGUGGUGAGAGAUGCUAAAGUCAUCCUGGAUGUCAACAAGACCAGACAGAUCGCCCAGGAGAUGGUUAAGGUACUGUAACGUUUUUAAGACUCAUUACACAUUACCUUAACAACAUAAUAAAUGUGUUGGAGACUGGCUGGAUCAAUCAAUCAAACAUUAAAUCAAUCAAUCAGUUUAUUCUACAACAACACUGGUCACAAAACAUGACUCAGCCUAGACCCCCAAUGAGUUAUGUUUGUGUUGUUUUCAGGGAAUGGGCUAUCUUCAUGCCAAGGGGAUCCUACACAAGGACAUGAAGUCCAAGAAUGUCUUCUAUGACAACGGCAAAGUGGUCAUCACCGACUUCGGACUCUUCACCAUAUCUGGGGUUCUGCAAGCCGGCAGGUUGGUAGUUACUGUUGUACUUUACAGUAGAGCAGAGCAGAGUACAGUACAGUAG